CGUAAAGAAUUCCCCUUCCUGACCUCUCACUUCGCAGUCAGACGGCAUUACGGCAAGACCGAUGCUGCCGAUGAGGUCCGCCGCCGCCGUGCCGUGCUCGCUGGCAGCGCUGCUGCUCCGCGGCCUCUCCUCCUACUCGUCCUCUUCUGUCUAUUCCGUCCGCCGCCACGCCUCCUCUGCCCUAUCCUCUCAGCCCUCCGCCUCCUACCCCAGCACCUGCCCCCCUUGCCCCCUCUCCGUCCCCCGCAGGACCAGGGAAUUCACGGCCUGGGCCUCGGCGCCGGGUCCGGCGGGGCCCGCCGAAUCCCCCGCCACGAAGGCGCUAGAGGCCAAGAUCAAGGAGCAGCUGGAGGCCGACGCAGUUACGGUCGUCGACGCCUCCGGGGACGGUCGCCAUGUCUGCAUAGAUGUGGUUUCCAAAGCAUUCGAGGGAAAAUCUGCAGUAAAUAGGCAGAGAAUGGUUUACAAGGCUAUAUGGGAGGAGCUUCAGAGCACCGUGCAUGCCGUGGACCAAAUGACUACCAAGACGCCAGAUGAAGCUGCUGCAAACAAGUAAUUCAAUAUCAUAAAUGUGGAGACAGUUAAGCUCUCUUUUGAAGGUCAGGCCGUUGCCUUGACCAUGGUUCUGUUUUUUCUGAUACUAUUAAUGUACACGUCAAAUGAAUUGUCAAUAAUUCGCAUGAUUAGCAUUCCUUCAAAAAGAAAUUUAUGUAAUUUGAUGUGCAUUCACCUUUUUCCGGCGCGGGUGGCCUGUAAGGAAAACAUUUCAAAUUACUCUCUCCAACUAUCAAUGGAACCCUAAACUAUAAAAUUGUUUAUUUAACCUUUUUAAUA